AUGCGACUCUCGAUCCGAGAACAGCUGGCAACGCUCGUCAUAUGUACCGUCCUCAUCGCCCUCGCCAUUGUGUCUGUUCCCACAUGGUUUUUUGUCCAUACCUUCGUCACUGGUGUUGCGUCGAGCGGCCUUUCCUUAACUGCCGCUCUCAAGGCUGCAAGGAUUGAUUCCGAGCUCAACUUGUUGCAAACAAUCAGUCAGACGUUGGCAACUCGCGUCUUGCUCCAGCAGGCAUUCGUCAACUUUUACAAUGAAGACGAGACUGAUCCGUUUGCCGCCGCCCGCACCGACUUGGCAAGUGCCAUGAGCACCAGCCGCUUGACUGGCCUCCUCCAGGCUAGAUUAUAUUCUAGAAACGACACGGGCGCCAACCCGGGCGGUCUUCUCAACGUCACUGGCAGCGGCGUCGGUACCCAGGCCGAGAACAUACAGCUGCCGAAUUUGACCCCCAACGGAUCCAGAGUGAACCUCAGCGACACAGACUAUGGUUACCCGCCGCUCCUGUACCCGAAUAUUACAUAUCGGAGACUGGGCUAUCCCAAUCCGUACCAGCCCUCAACCCCAGCCUUUGGCGCCUACGCCUUUCCGGGGGUCGCAAUAAGCGACAAUGACGGCCUUCUUCUAGGGCCCUUGAUGAUCAACGAGUCCUUUGCCCUCAUGUCACUCACGGUUCCUGUCCGAUCGCUCAGCGUGCGAAACUUCAUCCUUGGCUACAUGACGCUAAUUGUUUCUGCUGGAGCCCUUUUCGACGUUCAGACGACUCGCGAGGGUCUGGGAUCGACAGGCAUGGUUCUGCUUGUGGGGCCAACCCAUCCAUCUAACCAUUUUCUGCCUCCCAUUUUGCUUUCUAACAGCACCUACUCACCUCCAGCCGACGCCUUGGCAGCCUCAGCCGUGAAAUUCGUCCUUCCUCCUAUUCCCGUUGCCGGGCAAGCUGACCGCCAUGCCAAGCGAGACUACGCCACGGGCGACUUCCAUGGCCCGUUUACGCUUGCACAAUACCGAGCGGUGCUCAAAGACUAUACCAAGCAUAACUCGCAGCCGAACAACGCCAGAGCACUUUUGUCCACAAGCAACGAGCAAGACGUGGCGGUCGCGGUGGGUGUGGCCCGUCCUCAGUCAGCUCUAGUUGACUGGGCCAUCGUGGUAGAGCAAGCCGGUGGCGAAGCCUAUGCGCCAAUUAGUACUUUGAGACAGAUUCUGCUUGGCUGUGUGUUUGGCACGGCCGCAUUGAUAUUGAUCCUCGUUAUCCCAUGUGCGCACCUCAGCGUUGGCCCCAUCAGACGACUCAAGAUGGCGACAGAAAAGUCCAUCUGGCCGGCUGGAUACGAGGAGGAGUACGACGAGUAUGAUGUGCAGAGUCCUAGCUCAGGUUCGAGGUCAUCCGGCUCGAUCAAAGGCCUCUUUGCCAAUUUACGUCGCAAGUUCAACAAGAGACGACGAGCAAUGACACAGGCUGAGAUUGACAACCAUCGUCGAAUAUUCAAGAUUCCUGGGCGAGUUGAAGAGCGAAAACACUUUGUCACCGACGAGCUUACGGAGCUUACGCAAGUGUACAAUGAAAUGACGGAUGAGCUCGUGAAGCAGUACACUUCUCUUGAUGAAAAGGUCGCCGAAAGAACUCGUGAACUUGAGAUAAGUAAAAGGGCAGCCGAGGCCGCCAACGAGAGUAAAACACUAUUCAUUGCAAACAUCUCACACGAGCUCAAGACACCGUUAAAUGGCAUCAUGGGCAUAUGUGCUGUUUGCAUGGAAGACGACGAUGUUGUGCGUAUCCAGCAGUCGCUAAAGACUCUUUACAGAUCGGGCGAAUUGCUGCUCCACCUUCUGGAAGAUCUUUUGAGCUUCUCCAAGAACCAAAUCAGCCAGCAAGUUAGACUCGAAGACAGAGAGUUCCGCUUAGGCGAUAUUCAAUCACAAAUCAUAUCCAUUUUCGAUAAGCAAGUACGCGAGAGCAACAUCACGUUUGAAGUUACGUUUCUUGGCUUCGAAUGCGACGAAAAGCUCUUGAGCUCAGAGCAGGAAGGAAAGGCCAAGAAACUCCCCGCUCUGGGACCGCCAGGAAUGGGCCGGCUCAAGGAUGUGUAUCUCUGGGGCGAUCAACAUCGAAUCCUACAAGUCAUCAUUAAUUUGGUUAGCAAUAGCUUGAAAUUCACACCGGCUGGAGGCAGGGUCGAAGUCCGAAUGCGCUGCGUCGGCGAGAUUGAGCGAAACAGCAACGAAGCAAGGUCACAAUGGAACAGCUCCACUCGAGUUGGACAAAGUUGGCACAGGAUAAGCUCAGGCUCUACUCAAUCAUCUAUUUCCAAGGCUACGACUCACGCCUCGGCGCUUCAGGACAGUACUACUACAGCUGUACCAAGCCACAAGGGCCCCAAGGCAAAUGCGCACGUCCAUGUGCGGGAGCGGUCCCCAACGCCGCCUCGGCUCAAUGCCAAACUCUACAUGUUCGAGUUUGAAGUUCAGGACACCGGAAGUGGAAUUCCCGAGCCUAUGCAAGAGAAAGUCUUCGAGCCCUUUGUACAGGUCGAUUCCAGUUUAAGCAGGAAAUUUGGAGGAACCGGUCUCGGACUGAGCAUAUGCGCGCAGCUUGCCAAGCUGAUGAAUGGCUCUAUUAGCGUCACUAGUACGGAGGGUGUGGGAUCAACGUUUUCCUUGCGGAUCCCGCUCAAACACGUCCAAGGCCGUGCCCCAAGCACUGCAUCAAGCAGCACUCGUUCCAGGACCCCAAGUGUUGGGUCUGCCGUCGGUGACGUUCACCACAAUUCACUCAGCAGCGGCAUCGUCGAUCCCGAACAAGAAGCCAAACAGAACGACAUUCCUUCUGUUAGGGAAGAUAACCAGCCUAGACUGGUUGGUCUCAGCACUCCCUUUUUCGCCCCCAGCUUUACGCCACCGCGAACCAGUGAAGACCAGCAAAAAGCAGCGAUCCAAAAAGUAAGAGCCGAUAAAGCGGGCCGGGCCGAACUGCGGGUUCUUGUUGCAGACGACAACUCAACCAACAUCGAGGUAGUCAGCAGGAUGCUCAAACUCGAGAAAGUGAACAAUGUUACGAUAGCGAAGGAUGGCCAAGAGGCCUACGAGCUAGUGAAGGUGAAUAUGGAAAAGGACCAGCCAUUCGAUCUGAUCUUCAUGGAUAUCCAGAUGCCCAACCUCGAUGGGCUGCAAUCAACCCGUCUGAUACGCAAGAUGGGCUAUGUGGCACCAAUUGUCGCACUCACUGCCUUUUCGGAAGAGAGCAACGUGAAGGAAUGCAUGGAAUCGGGCAUGGACGAGUUCUUGAGCAAGCCAAUUCGCCGACCUGCGCUAAAGAACGUACUCACUAAAUUUGCAACCAUCCCAGAAGAGACUGAAGUGGCUGCGUAA